ACGAAUCUUCAAGACUCACAAGAAAGCAGUAUAGACUAUAGACCAGUAGGAAGUUAGUGAGUACAAUCCCUUCCCACUCCUCACUUGCCAGAUCUUCUUAACCCUUUCUCUAGAUCUUCUCCUCUUCUCUUCUUCUUCUGUUCAGCCACUCAAACCAAACAUCAUUAAAUAUUUUAUUUUUUUUAUUCAAGAACUAAAAAUAAUAUAUUAUUGAUGAGAAAUAAUGCAAGGUUCUUUAGUUGAAGCAGAAGAAGUAGAGGAUGAAGAACUGAACAACCACACACUCCUUUUCAAUUCCAAUGGCGAAUUUUAACAAUCUCAUCCUUCUCUUUUCCAUCCUCUCGUUUUCCUUCCUCUCCAUUUCCAUCCCAGGUGAAAGUUCACAUUUCCAGAUAAAACUAGAAAAUGAAGAACAAGAAAGAGGACCUUUCAUUGGUGUUAACAUUGGAACAGACGUAGAAAACAUGGCAUCAACUUCAGACAUAGUUUCAUUUCUCAAGUUACAAAAAAUAACACAUGUUCGUAUCUAUGAUGCAAAUCCAGACAUCCUUAAAUCUUUGUCUGGUACCAAAAUUCGUGUCAUCAUUAGUGUCCCAAAUAAUCAACUUCUAGCAAUUGGUUCUUCCAACACAACAGCAGCUUCAUGGAUCCAAAGAAACGUUGUUGCUUAUUACCCUCAAACAUUAAUCACUGGAAUCUCCGUCGGUGACGAGGUUCUCACCACUGUUCCUUCUUCUGCUCCUCUUCUUCUUCCUGCUAUGGAGUCUCUUUACAAUGCUCUUGUUUCUUCAAAUCUUCAUCAACAAAUCAAAGUUUCAACUCCUCAUGCUGCUUCUGUUAUUCUUGAUCCAUUUCCACCUUCUCAAGCUUUUUUCAACCAAACCCUUGUGUCUGUUCUUCUUCCUAUUCUCCAGUUUCUUUCUAAGACUGAAUCUCCUUUGAUGAUGAAUCUUUAUCCUUAUUAUGUAUUCAUGCAGAACAAAGGUGUUGUUCCUUUGGAUAAUGCACUUUUUAGACCUGUCACUCCUAGUAAAGAAAUGGUGGAUCCUAAUACUUUGCUUCAUUAUACUAAUGUUCUUGAUGCAAUGAUUGAUUCUGCUUAUUUUUCUAUGAAGAAUCUUAAUGUUACUGAUGUUGUUGUUCUUGUUACUGAAACUGGUUGGCCUAGUAAGGGUGACUCUAAAGAGCCUUAUGCUACUAAAGAUAAUGCUGAUACUUACAAUUCUAAUUUGAUUAAGCAUGUUUUUGAUCAUAGUGGAACACCUUUGAAUCCUGAAACUACUUCUAGUGUUUUUAUCUAUGAGCUUUUUAAUGAAGAUUUGAGGUCUCCACCGGUUUCAGAGGCUAAUUGGGGGCUUUUUUAUGGCAAUAUGUCGGCGGUUUAUUUGCUUCAUGUGUCUGGAAUUGGAACUUUUUUGGCGAAUGAUACAACGAAUCAGACAUACUGCAUUGCGAUGGAUGGUUUUGAUUCGAAGACAUUGCAGGCUGCUUUGGAUUGGGCGUGUGGACCGGGGAGGGCUAAUUGUUCGGAGAUUCAACCCGGAGAGAGUUGCUACAAGCCUAAUAAUGUUAAGAACCAUGCUUCUUAUGCUUUUGAUAGCUAUUACCAGAAAGAAGGGAAGGCUCCUGGGAGCUGUGAUUUCAAAGGAGUUGCUAUGAUCACUACUACAGAUCCCAGUCACGGGAGCUGUGAAUUUCCUGGAAGCAAGAAUGUAAGCAACAAGACAAAGGAAGUGGUUAACUCUACUCACACAAGCAGUGCUGGGGAGAAGUUAAGGUUCAGAAGCAUUAAGAUAAAUACAGUUAACAAUAUUUUGCGUAUUCUCUUGACAACAUGUAUCCCCGCAUUGUUGUUGGUCCUUUCAUAAUUCAAAAUUUUUCCAUUAUGGAAUUUUGUGUUAGAGUUGAGGUUAAGAUUGUAAGAGAAAAGGAAUGAUGAUCUGUAGGUCUAAUCUUAGACUUAGUGCUUAUGAUAGAUACUCCCCUUUUUAAUAAUAUUAAUAAAGUAUUGUGAAUAAAUUUUCACAGGGAUCUUGUAAUUAACGUAUGUAUUUGUUGAAAUCACAUUUGUUAAUUAAUUUGUUUAGUGUAUGUAUCACAAUGUGACCUUCAUCAUCAUAAUGUAAUAAUGUUGUAAUAAUGUAUUAUGACAUAGUGUCCUCUGGGAAA